GCCAUUCAGCGUUUGGGUCAAGACGAAGGCGGGUUCUGGACAGACGUACGCUGUCAGGGAUUGUUUACUUUGCCUCCACUUCUGUUCCUCCCCGCCCUGGUGCUGCUCCGGGUCACAUACUCGUCCUGAGCCAGCUUCAGCCUCUCCGCGCAGAAGUCUCCCGGAGCCGACUUCUGCGAGUCGAGUACUCUUAUGUGAAGUCUACCAAGCUCGUGUUCAAGGGAACCAAGGCGAAGAGGCGAGAUGGAAAGAAAGUAUCAAGGAGUGAGCUGAAGCCACUGCCCUUGAGAACCCUCUCGAGGAGUCUGGGCUCAUGAAGAUGCCAGAAUAAGUGGCAGGUAUAUCCUGAAUGAAUGUGAGAUUUUUACUCUGUGAAUUUCCUAUGAGAAGUGUAAGAAGAAAAAGAGCAAAGAUAAGAAGAGAAAAAGAGAAGAAGAUGAAGAAACCCAGCUUGAUAUGUUGGAAUCUGGUGGACAGUAACAAACUUUGGUGAAAUUUCAGGAACCAUAGCCAUUGAAAUGGAUGAGGGAACCUAUAUACAUGCACUCGACAAUGGACUUUUUACCCUGGGAGCUCCACACAAAGAAGUUGAUGAGGGCCCUAGUCCUCCAGAGCAGUUUACGGCUGUCAAAUUAUCUGAUUCCAGAAUCACCCUGAAAUCUGGCUAUGGAAAAUAUCUUGGUAUAAAUUCAGAUGAACUUGUUGUUGGGCAUUCAGAUGCAAUUGGACCAAGAGAACAAUGGGAACCAGUCUUUAAAAAUGGGAAAAUGGCUUUGUUGGCCUCAAAUAGCUGCUUUAUUAGAUGCAGUGAAGCAGGGGACAUAGAAGCAAAAAGUAAAACAGCAGGAGAAGAAGAAAUGAUCAAGGCUAUGAGCAGAGAUGGACGAGGUGGCUACAAUAAUGGAUCAAGGCUAUGAGCAGAGAUGGAUGAGUCAUUGGCUGUAAUGGAUUAAGGCUAUGAGCAUCUUGUGAAGUAGGAUGUUAAAUCUGUAAAUGUCAGAAUGAAUCCAAACUUACCAAUUCAAAAUUGGAUUGUAAAACAGCUCAAAAAAGACUGAAAACACAGCUCUACACUUUAGGAGGCUGAGUCAGGCAGAUUGCUUAAGUUCAAGAGUUGGAGACAAGUCCAGGAAACAUGGAAAAACCGUCUCAACAAAAAAAAUAUAUAUUUCUAAUGAGCUGAGUAUGGUGGUAUGAGCCUGUGGUCCCAGCUUUUCAGGAGGCUGAGGUGAGAGGAUUGCUUGAGUCCAGAAGGUAGAGGCUGCAGUGAGCUCUGAUCACGCCACUGCAUUCCAGCCUAGGUGACAGAGUGAGACCCGUCUCAAAAACAAACAAACAAAAAUAACAAACAAAAACAGCUCUAAACGAAAGUGGCUAGAAAAGUAGCUCAAGUUGUUCCUGUCUGGUUAAAUAGAAACAUAAAUGAAUUACUUAUGUGCCCCAGUGGCUUCAUAAUGCUGAGAGCAAAGUCAAUUAUUCUAGCAGAUUCUAGAAAACUUAUAUCAUGGGGUUCAAUGAAUAUAUCAAAUCAUAAAUAUAAUAAUCAAAUCUGAAAGUGAAUCUAGUUUCAAAGACCUCAAAAGCCAGUGUUUAGGAAGCUCUUUUCCGAUAGAGACAAGGGAUUAUUUGACUUCUUAUCUCUGUUGUCUAGCACAAUGUCCAGAACACAACAGAUAUUCCAUAUGCACAGUCACAUCCUAUGUAUGUGUAUUUCUUUUCCAGCAAGGACUAGAGGUCCUAAGCUUUGUUUAUAUGGUGAGCCAGUGCCCCAAUGAGCAGCAGAAUCUUAGCACAGUCACCUACACACUCAUUUCAAUGCUCUGGCUCCUUAUCCAAGCUAGUCAAAGUGUGGUCUAUGGUUUUUCAUUGCAAGGGAUCCCCGGGUGAAUCUUGUGUCUGUCAAAGGAGGAGAAGCACUGCCCUCAAAAUAUAGAAAAGGUGAGCUAAUUUAUCCAGGCAGCCUGGCUAUUUAUUCAAGUAUUUAUUUAUCUUGUUGAUGGGAAGAUUCAAAUUGACAUACACAAUCACCCUCAUAAGGAUUUCAGGUAAAAAACAAACAAAGGUUUAGAUAUCAGAUGUGUUUUAGAAUUACCGCACCAGUCUUUUUAUUACAGAAUCUAGUAGCAUAUUUCCAAUAGAUCUAGGUGAAAAUUUCUAUCUCAUGAGCCUUCUGUCGGUAUUUUUAAAAUUGGAUACUCUAUUAGUGGCCAAAUUGAAUCUCUUACAGACAUCUCACUCAAACUGUAGUCAUACUUUCCAAUAGGCCCCAUAAAAAUCCUUCUUCUGGAGCAAUCUAAUAUAUUUAUCCACCUCUUUAGACACUUAGAUAAGUAUAAUAAUACAAGUUUUGUGUGUGUGUGUGUGUGUGUGUGUAGUGUGUACCUUGUGGCCUUUUGUCCAGUUUCUGCAACACCUGAUGCUGAGGCAAGUUUAAUGUAAAUGACAUCCAGCAAUGUUAGAAAUGUUGACUUUUAUUUGCCCAUCAGGGAAAAAAAGGUGAAUGUCAUUGUAGAGGAAAUUUUCAUUCUGGAAAAAAUGCCUACUGUUUGAAUAUUACUUUCAUGCUUUCCACAGAUAUUAUAUUGCAAGGAUUAUGUUUCAAAGUCAUCAAAAAUAGAAAAUACAUUUUAUAUUUCUAGCUGAAAAUAAUAACAGUAAUUAGCCUACCUUUGGGGAAAUGUGAUAAAAAUACUAAUGACCAUCACAACUCAUUAAAAGCAUAAAAUGUGCAAUGAUUUAAACUACAUGUUAUUUCUAUGAAUCUGCGUAGAAAUGUAGACACAUUUGAUAAAUGCCAUUUAAAGUCUGAGUGCUUUGGUAAAUGAUUCAUCUAUAGGUUGAAGGGAUUACUUUUAUCUGCCUUCAUAGUGAGAAUUAGAUUUCUGUUCUUUAUAAAGCAGGGAAUACAGAUUGUGCAAGGAGUAAAAGCAUUCAAUCCUUAUUAAUAAUGAUGGUAGCUGAGCUGCAGAAAAGAAAGCCUGUCAGAGUAACGUGUUCAGUUUUACAUCAUAAUCAGAGUGUGUCCAUCUCUGUUGAAGGCAGAAUUAAAAACACCUUCAACAUUUUUAAAAUAAUAGAUGAAAAACAUCUCAAAGUCACUUUUAAAAUUUGAAUUGAUGAUUCCACAUAACAGGAAAAGGACCAGGAACAUCUUAAAUACUUCACGAUGGAAGUGAUGUUUUAAGUGUAAUUUCAUCAAGGAGAAGUUUUUCCAGAAAGUCUUUUGACCUCAGUAAGAAGCUUAUUUACUCUGGUAAAUAGUUUCUAGUAAGAUGAGAAAGACUUGAUUUUUUAAAAACAAUUAAAAAUUUACAUUGUUUAAUCUAAUGUUGUGAUUUCGAAAGUACUACUUUUGCCCUUAUAGUUACGCAUGUGUAUUUAUAUGCAUUUUCUUGGUUCAUUCAAACGCCAAUAAAAUACUUUACUAUCCAGGCCCCUUAAAA